CUGUGCGUGGCCCUAUCAUAGUUCUCUCAAAAUUUUCCUGCAGCAGAACUUCACGAGAGAAUGAAAUAGGCCCAAAAAACAGUGCACCUCAUCGCCUACACUUUGACCUAAAUAUAUAAACCAAGGUUGUGAGAAGCGGGUGCCAUUUGUCUUUGCUUUGAAAACCAUCUAAAUCAUGGAGGACGAUUUAUUCUCUGUCUUUGAUGAAGCGCCACAGGCUCCUCCGGAGGUGGUUGAAGAUGUGAAGGAGGAACCAAAGAUUCAAGAGAUUCACGAAGAGAAAGAGCAAAAGGAAGAUGACGUUUCUAAGAAGAGACCAGCGUCUCCGAGGGUCGAGGAAUCGACCGAAAAGAAACAGAGAAAGGCAGUCAAGGGCAAGAAACUUGUCGAUACCAAGGAAAAAUCUGAUGUUAUUCCUAUGGUUGCCGAUUCCUUUGAACAGGAAGCAUCUCGUGAAGUCAAGGCCUCCUCUGGAUUGAUGGCAAAAGUUGAGGCCGAGACAGACGAUGGGAAAGUUAAACUCUCGCAUCAGGUUCGUCACCAGGUUGCUGUUCCCUCUGGAUAUCCUUAUAAACCAAUCGGUCAGCAUAAGAGAGAGAAUGAGGCACGGACAUAUCCGUUCACUUUGGAUCCUUUCCAAGACACUGCCAUUUCCUGUAUCGAUAGAAACGAGUCUGUGUUAGUUUCUGCUCACACUUCGGCAGGUAAGACUGUUGUUGCAGAGUAUGCUAUUGCACAAUCUCUGCGUGCAAAGCAAAGAGUCAUCUAUACAUCUCCUAUCAAGGCUUUGUCGAACCAGAAAUACCGUGAACUUUUAGCAGAGUUUGGUGACGUUGGUUUAAUGACAGGUGAUGUCACUAUCAACCCAGAUGCUGGUUGCUUGGUGAUGACCACAGAGAUUCUAAGAUCUAUGCUGUAUAGAGGUUCUGAAGUUAUGAGAGAGGUUGCAUGGGUCAUCUUUGACGAAGUUCAUUACAUGAGAGAUAAGGAAAGAGGUGUUGUAUGGGAAGAGACAAUCAUUUUGUUACCAGACAAGGUCCACUAUGUGUUCUUAUCCGCCACCAUUCCAAAUGCCAUGGAGUUUGCCGAAUGGAUUUGUAAGAUUCAUUCCCAACCUUGUCACGUUGUCUAUACAAACUUCCGUCCAACUCCAUUGCAGCAUUAUCUUUUCCCAGCCAAUGGUGACGGUAUUCAUUUAGUUGUCGAUGAGAAGAGUACUUUCAGAGAAGAAAAUUUCCAAAGAGCAAUGGCUUCUAUCUCUAACAAUCAAGGUGAUGAUCCAUCAUCCACCAACUCUCGUGGUAAGAAAGGUCAGACCUACAAAGGUGGUAACAAAGAUUCCAAGUCUGAUAUUUACAAGAUUGUUAAGAUGGUUUGGAUAAAGAAGUUUAACCCGGUGAUUGUGUUUUCUUUCUCCAAACGUGAUUGUGAGUCCUUAGCACUCAAAAUGUCCAAGCUAGAUUUCAACACUGAAGAAGAACGUGAAACACUCACAAAGAUUUUCAACAAUGCUAUUAAUAUCUUACCAGAGAAUGAUCGUGAACUGCCUCAAAUCAAACACAUAUUGCCUCUUUUGAGACGUGGUAUUGGUAUCCAUCAUUCUGGAUUAUUGCCAAUUUUGAAAGAGAUCAUAGAGAUUCUUUUCCAAGAAGGGCUAUUAAAAGUGCUCUUUGCUACUGAAACUUUCUCCAUUGGUCUGAAUAUGCCUGCUAAAACAGUUGUAUUCACAUCUGUUCGUAAAUGGGAUGGUAAAGGAUUCCGUUGGGUUUCAGGUGGUGAAUAUAUUCAAAUGUCUGGUCGUGCUGGUCGUCGUGGUCUUGAUGAUCGUGGUAUCGUUAUUAUGAUGAUUGAUGAGAAAAUGGAACCUCAAGUUGCUAAAGGAAUGGUCAAAGGUGAGGCCGACAGACUGGACUCCGCAUUUCAUUUGGGUUAUAACAUGAUUUUGAACUUGAUGAGAGUCGAGGGUGUUUCACCAGAAUUCAUGCUUGAACAUUCUUUCUACCAAUUCCAAAAUGCUGCCAGUGUCCCUAUCUUGGAGAAGAAAUUAAAUGAGAUUGAAGAGCAACUUUCAAACAUAAAGGUUGAGGAUGAAGCAACUGUCCGUGAUUAUUACGAUAUCCGUAAACAGUUGGACACAUAUAACGAUGACGUUCGUCACAUUAUCACGCAACCUGCUCAUGUUUUAAGUUUCCUCCAACCGGGUCGUCUUUUGAAGGUUAAAGUUGGCCAAUUUGACUACGGAUGGGGUGUUGUGAUCAACUUUGAGAAGAGAAGUAACAAAAGAAACAAAAGUGAGACGUAUACAGACCAUCAGGCCUAUAUCGUCGACGUAUUGGUUAACACAAUGUUUGCUGAUGCACCAGUAAACUUGAUCAAGCCAUUUAAUCCAAACUUUCCUGAAGGUAUCAGACCUGCCAAGUCUGAUGAGAAGUCCAAGACUUGUGUGAUUCCAAUUACUCUUGAUUCUAUCCAAGAGAUUGGUAAUCUGAGAUUGUAUAUGCCGAAAAUUAUUAAGACAGAUCAAGUCAAGGACACCGUUGCAAAGAGUUUGCAAGAAGCACUUCGUCGGUUAGUUGAUGGAGUUCCAACAUUGGAUCCUGUUGAAAAUAUGAAGAUUGAUGACAACGAUUUCAAGACGUUAUUGAAGAAGAUCGAAGUGUUAGAGUCCAAACUAUUUUCGAACCCAUUGGCCCAAUCUCCAAGACUAGCAGAAUUAUAUGAUGAAUAUAGCAAGAAAGUUGCAUUAUCAGAAGAUGCAAAGACACUCAAGGAUAAAAUCUUGGAAGCUCAAGCGGUUAUUCAACUUGAUGAUUUGAGACACCGUAAACGUGUUUUGAGAAGACUUGGGUUUACCACUGCGAAUGAUGUCAUUGAACUCAAGGGCCGUGUUGCAUGCGAGAUAUCUAGUGGUGACGAACUGCUGUUAACUGAACUGAUUUUCAACGGUAACUUCAACGAAUUGACACCUGCGCAAUGUGCUGCUUUGCUCUCGUGCUUUGUGUUCCAAGAGAGAUCCAAGGAGGCUCCAAGGCUCAAACCUGAACUUGCCGAGCCUCUAAAGCAUAUGCAAGAAAUGGCAUCCAAGAUUGCUAAAGUCUCCAAGGAGUCCAAGAUCGAGAUCGUUGAGAAGGACUAUGUUGAGAGUUUCAGAUCGGAACUGAUGGAGGUUGUAUAUGAAUGGUGUCGUGGCGCAACUUUCACACAGAUUUGUAAGAUGACGGAUGUUUAUGAAGGAAGUUUGAUCAGAACAUUCAAGAGAUUGGAGGAGAUGUUGAGACAGAUGGUUGUUGCUGCUAAGACCAUUGGUAACGUUGAGCUAGAAGAGAAGAUGGAGAAGGCUACCGAAUUGGUGCAUAGAGACAUCGUCAGUGCUGGUUCUCUAUACUUGUGAUGUGGGUCUCAUCUCCUGUUUAGACAAGAAAGAAUAACGUAUAAUAGAUAAGUUGUUGUGCUCUAGAGACUACCGACCGUGUAAGAUGGAUCUAAUAGCAAAAAACCGGGGGAGUGAGAUGAGCUUGGUGAAUUUUUUUCGUUUACCCCAGAUUUCGGAGAAUAGAACAUGCCCUGGAACCGCUUCUCC